AUGACCGAGUCUGCCACGUCAGCGUCUUCGCCAGAGGCGGCCACAUACCCUUCAGCAUACACCCCUCAUGCCGCGGCUCGUCCAUCAACGUAUAGUAGCUGGGGCGGCGCGUUGCACGGCAGAGCGGCUAGUUUUGACUUCGUCGCUGUACCUAGUAGCGGGCGGCACACGUCAGCAUCGAAGAAAUCCAACGUGGCUUUCGUGAGCCACCAGAAGCAGCCAUCGGAGCAGUUUGAUUCGCUAACCGCCGCUCGAUUGUGGCUCCAUUCUCCUUCGCUCGCCUCUAAUGAAAGCGCUUUCGCAACUCCUUCUGCCGCCGCAUCUCCCGCUGUAUCAUCCCGCAGCGCAUUCCCGAGUCGCCCCGAUUCGCCGCAGAAAACGGCGCCGCGCGCAUUAUCCCCAGAAACGCCGACAAUGCCGCAGCGGGCCCGCGCCGCGAAAAGCACGGUUACAUCAGCGAUGCCGCCCUCGAGAAGCGAGAAAAGCGCCGACAACACCGCUCCUGCCGCCGUUUCCCGCGCCGGCGGCGUCUGCCGGCCGCGGCCCUCGCCGAGUCGGCGGACGGCACUCGGGAUCGCCGACCUAAUGGCCCUCCAGGCCGGUAGGUCUAAAGUCGGCGGCGACGGCCGCGGCUCGGGCACCGCGGCUCGAACGAGAUCGACCCCAGCGGCGACAGCGGAGGCCGCUGCUGUUCAGCCCGGAUCUGCGCCGCGUCCGACGGCUUCGCCGCCUGCGAUGAUUGCGCCGCCCGCGCGCUUGCCGCCGCAGAGUGAGGCACCGUUCUGUUUCCCCUCAAUCAGCCAAAUCAACGGCGCCAAUUCUUCGCUUUCUGUGUUUCCUCCCUCCGCGUUUUCCGGUACGGACGCGCAAUUUGCGCUGCGCAAAAGCCCCCCGCAUGCUAAUCCACGCGGAAGCGCUGCGAUGAGGUUCCCCCGGUCCAUGUCAGACGGGCACGCUGUGCCACGUGGCAGCAGCAGAGCAAAGCCCGCUUUCCCGAUAGUCGCACGAGCUGAGACAGACGAUGCGACUGAACCUUCGGAGUCGGAUUGCGGCAGCGCCGGUUUGCCGAGCCUGCACCAAGCCUGUGCGUCUGGUUCGGCAGUGGUGGAGAACCGCGGGGCCGCACGGGUCGGGAGGAAGUCGAGGCUCGGGCAGGGAUGGGAUGGGAGCGGCAGCAACAGCAGCAGCAGGGACUCUAGCCCCUCUGGCAGCAUCGACAUGGCGAAAUGUGAUAAUAAUGAGUGUUCCGAAAACAACGACGAGGAAGCAGCUGCCCAAUCGCGUGGGGGCGCGGGAAUGGCGGGUGCGGGAAUGGCGGGCGCGGGAAUGGCCCUUCCCCCUUAUCCCCGCGCGUGUCUUCCCCCUGUGGUCCCUCCCCCUUGUUCAACCGCCAUCCUUCCCCCCUCUCCCCCUGCAUGCCUCCGCCAGUCUCCCCCUGGGGCCCUUCCCCUCUCUCCCCGCGCGCUUCCCCCCUCUCCCCUCGUCGCCCUUCCCCACUCUCCCCUAGAGGCCCUUCCCCCCUUUCCCCCAGAGGAUUCUCCCCCUUGUCCCCACGCCGCCAGUCCCCUCUUUCCCCCCGUGUGGUGGCCCCGCGCCCUUCCCCCUUGCACACUGCCUCUGGCCUUAGUUCACUGA